AUGUCGAGUUCUAGAAAGGUAUUGUGGUUGUGCGCACUUGCGCUAUUUAUAUUUAUAGCUCAGAUUCAAUCGAAACCAUUGGACGAAACUAAUGAGUCGGCGUUACAAAACUCUCGAGCUCAGGACGAGGAAAUGAUGGAUACGGCCGAGUCACAGAAUCCUUUCUUGCCGCGAUUCGCUAUGAAAAAGUUGAAGGAGAGACGCGAAAAAGCGCGCGCCCAAAGAAGACAAAAUCAAGCUGCAAGAAGAACACAACCCUCUCCAAGUCAAUCUAAUUGUCCGCAACGACGUUAUUAUAGAAAA